AUGUGGCUCAUUGUGGCCAAUGAAAUGGCUUUUCUGUAUGAAAUGGAAGAAGAGUCUGACCGCCUUGACAGCAGCGGCAUGUUUCACUGGUGCAAAGCCACGCCUUUGGACAAGGUGAUUCUGAAACGAACUGACAAGUCAAAGCAUGAAUUUCGGAACCACAUCGUAGCAUGUGUCUUUGGAGACGCGCACUCAACACUGAUGGGGCUUCGGAAUUUCGUCAUGCCACUGAGAGCUAGCUGCUACACCCGUCAGGAGCUGAAGGACAUCGUGUUCAUUGGCUCCGUGGAUUACCUGCAGAGAGAAUGGCGGUUUCUCCGGAACUUUCCCCAGAUAUACAUUCUGCCUGGAUCUGCGCUCUAUUCUGGAGACCUCCAUGCAGUCAACAUAGAGGAGUGCUCCAUGUGUGUGGUCCUGUCCUCCCCAUCGAAGUCAUCCAGCAGCCCGACCCUGGUGGACACAGAGCCCAUCAUGGCCACCCUCAAUGUCAGAUCACUGCAGAUUAGCUGCUCAGCCCAGAGACCCUCAGAGCCACAGUAUGCACGGUGCUUCAGUGACUAUCCCCGGAAGUCACAAUACCGAAGAGUCCCCAUCCUCACUGAGCUGAAAAAUCCGUCCAAUAUCCACUUUAUUGAACAGCUUGGAGGAAUGGAAGGAAACUUCUCGGGAACAAGCCUGCAUCUCAGCACCUCCUUUGCCACAGGCACUGUCUUUUCCGGCAACUUCUUGGAUUCCCUCCUGGCCACGGCUUUCUACAAUUACCGUGUGCUGGAAUUACUUCAGAUGCUGGUGACAGGAGGGAUAAGCUCUCAGCUAGAACAACAUUUGGAUAAAGAGAAGUUCCAAGAGCUGGACGACAGCUGCUCCUCAACUCUGUCUGGAAGGAUGUGGUGUAAGCUGGGGCUUCUGUCCUUAAACCAAACCAUUUUGUCAGACAUCCAGCGCCCUUGUCGGCCUGAGAACAAGGUCAAGAGGAGCGUCUGCGGCUGUGACCUGCGCUAG